AGUUUUCUUGUUUCUGUUGUCAUCUGUCAAGAGGCAGAAACUGUCAGAGGCUGUGAGUGUGUAUGUUUGUGCUUUGUCUGCGUGUUCCUGUGUGUCUGUGCAAGCUGAGAGUGGUGAGUAGGAGUAACACCACGGGGAAAAAAACAAUUACUACUCACCACAAUUGCAGCUAACAUGAGCAGGAAACUCACACUGCCAAGUCGGUAAAGCUCAACUACAGCACUGACAAGGACAGAGGAGACGGACAGAGACAUCUCUGCUGAUGGCAUGUCAGUCAUCAUGGGAACUGGAGAGAGAGAGGGGAGAGGUGUACCUGAGGACCUGUCGCUGGAGGAAAGAGAUGAGCUGUCGAACAUACGACGAAGGAAAAAAGAGCUUCUGGAUGAUAUUGAACGGCUGAAGUUUGAGAUUGCAGAGGUAAUGACUGAGAUUGAGCAGCUAACCUGUGUGGGGGAGAGCAAAACCACACAAAGAAACAAACAGAUCGCCAUGGGGAGGAAGAAGUUCAACAUGGACCCUAAAAAGGGGAUCCAGUUUCUUUUGGAGAAUGAUCUUCUACAAAACACCCCAGAAGACAUUGCACAGUUCCUUUACAAAGGCGAGGGGCUCAACAAAACAGUCAUUGGGGACUACUUGGGAGAACGGGAUGACUUCAACAUCAAGGUUCUCCAGGCGUUUGUGGAGCUCCAUGAGUUUGCAGACCUCAACCUUGUUCAAGCUUUAAGGCAGUUUCUGUGGAGCUUCAGACUUCCUGGCGAAGCCCAGAAGAUUGAUCGUAUGAUGGAGGCAUUUGCUUCCAGGUACUGCCAAUGCAAUCCUGGCGUCUUUCAGUCCACAGACACCUGCUAUGUCCUGUCAUUUGCCAUAAUUAUGCUGAACACCAGCCUGCACAAUCCCAAUGUCAGGGACAAGCCCCCUGUGGAGCGCUUCAUCUCCAUGAACAGAGGGAUCAAUGAGGGGGGAGACCUCCCAGAGGAGCUACUCAGGAAUCUAUACGACAGCAUCAAGAGUGAACCCUUUAAGAUCCCAGAGGAUGAUGGGAAUGACCUGACGCACACGUUCUUCAAUCCAGACAGAGAGGGCUGGCUGCUCAAAUUAGGCGGCCGAGUCAAAACGUGGAAGAGAAGGUGGUUCAUUCUGACGGACAACUGCCUCUACUACUUUGAAUACACAACAGAUAAGGAGCCCCGUGGGAUCAUCCCACUGGAGAAUCUCAGCAUCAGGGAGGUGGAGGAGCCCAGGAAACCUAACUGUUUUGAGCUCUACAACCCCAAUCACAAGGGCCAGGUGAUUAAAGCCUGCAAGACGGAGGCAGAUGGACGUGUUGUUGAGGGAAACCAUGUUGUGUACAGGAUAUCAGCCCCCACACCAGAGGAGAAGGAAGAGUGGAUUAAAUCAAUCAAGGCCAGCAUUAGCAGAGACCCCUUCUACGACAUGCUGGCCACCAGGAAGAGACGCGUCGCAAACAAGAAGUGAAGACGGACAAUCUUCAUCCUUCAAACUCCGCCCCCCCUC